GAGAAGACCUCGUAAACCAAGAAUAGCGCAUCGUUGUGUGUUUGUUGCAAGAGAAAAUAUAGAAUCUGAGUUGUUGUUCAAACUCUCACACUCCUAUCAUCUAUUACAAUCUCAAGUGUGUAAGAGAGAGAGAGAGAGAGAGUGAAGCACCACAAGAAUAACAGUAUGAGUAUGCAAAAGAUUUAGAAGAAGAAGAAGAGGAGGAGGAUGUUGCAGAGAGCGGCGAGCAACGCCUGUUCGUGGUGGUGGGCCAGCCACAUCCGCACCAAGCAAUCUAAAUGGCUGGAACAGAGCAUGCAGGACAUGGAGGAGAAGGUGCACAGCAUGCUGAAGCUGAUCGAGGAGGAGGGCGAUUCCUUCGCGAAGCGGGCGGAGAUGUACUACAAGCGGCGGCCGGAGCUGAUCGAGGCGGUGGAGGACUCGUACCGAGCAUUCAAGGCGCUGGCCGACCGAUACGACAUGCUGUCGAAAGAGCUCCAGAACGCCAACAACACCAUCGCAACGGUGUUCCCGGAGCAGGUCCAGCUGGCCAUGGAGGCGGAGGACGAGUGCCCCACUCCCACUCCCAAACCCCUCAAAAACGUCCCCGCCAAAUCCACCAACGUCCCCAAAGUCCCCAAGGCCUCCAUGGACACCCUCAAGGGCUUCCUCAACAACGCCUCCAAACAGUUCCAACCCAAGAAGACUUUCUCCAAGACAUCCUCCAAGUCCAAGCAGCCUCGCCCCAAGCCCCUCCCCAGAUCCGGCAUGUCCAAGGAGGAAGCUCUCCUCGAGAUCGACAAGGUCAACAAGGAGAUCCUCGCCCUCCAGACCGUCAAGGAGUUCUGCAAGAGCUCCUACGAGAACGGCCUCGCCAAAUUCUACGAGAUCGACAACCAGAUCAUGGAGAUGCAGGACAAGGUCUCCAAACUGCAGGACGAGUACGAGGUGGAGGCCGUCAUCGAGGAUGGCGAAGCCCGCACUCUCAUGGCCGAGGCCGCCUUGAAGUCAUGCAAGGACACACUCGCCACGCUGCAGGAGAAGCAGGACAACUCCACCAAGGACGCCCAAGACGAGUUCAAGAAGAUCGAGGAGGCGCGCCACCACCUCCACUCCCUCAAGCAAGACUGUGGGGUCCAACACCUUGCUCAUGAGGAAGAUGAGCCUUCCAAACCCAAAGACGAAGAAGACAUCACCUCCGGUUUCAUACAAGAGCUCAACGACAUGGAGACCUUGACCUCCGACAAGACCAUGGACCUCAACUCCUCGGUGGCGCUCACAGUCACGCAGCUGGCCGAGAAGAUCGACGUGCUGGUCAACAAGGUGGUGAACCUGGAGACGGCCGUGUCGUCGCAGACUGUCCUCAUCAACACCAUGAGGACAGAGUCGGACGAGCUCCGCGCGCAGAUCAAGAAGCUGGAGGGCGACAAGGAGAAGCUCAUGGGGGACACGCGCAGCCUCAGCAUGAGGAUCAAAGAAUUGGAGGACAAACUCAGCAGGCUCGAGGAGCUCAACAACAACGUCGAAGCUCACAACAACAAGCUUGAGGCCAACUUCGCGCACUGCCGCUGCAGCCUCGAUCAUCUCUCCGAGAAACUCACCACCGUGAGGCCCGACGACGAAGCUGAGGAAUCCGACUCCUCGCACAGCAUGCACGCCAAGUCCAAGAAGAAGAAGGAGAAGAAGGAGAAGAAAGAAAAGAAGGACAAGGAGAAGAAGGAGAAGAAGGAAAAGAAGGAUAAGACGACAGAUGAAAAAGAGGUUCCCCCGAUUUCAGGUGAGGAGGAGGCCGGAGAGCAGGAAGAGGUCAAGGAUCAAAAAGAAGAGCUGCCAAGUCCACGCGACAUUAAGGUGGUCGCAGAAGAUAAAAAACAGGAGGACGCCGGUGGUGAGGAUGGUGGCAAGGAGAAUCUGGAGGUGGAGCAGCAGGCAUCUGUGGCGAAGCAGUACGAAGUGUACAAGCCAGUGCGGAGAUCAGUGACAUUUGCAGGUGAGUUAACAAAGGCACGUGCCGACGAGGAUGCCAAGGCUCAAGAAGCUAAAGAGAGCGAGCUCAGCUGGCAGCAGAUGCUGUUGAACGGGGCGGAGGAUCGAGACAAGAUCCUGCUCAGAGAAUACACCACCAUUCUCAGGAACUACAAGGAUGUCAAGAGGAAGCUCAGUGAUACGGAGAAGAAGGACAGAGACAUCCAAUUCGACAUCACCAUGCAGAUGAGGGAACUCAAACAAGCCAUCAUGAAGAGGGAUCAAGAGAUUCAACAUCUCCGUCAGGAGCUCAGCCUUCUGCAAGGAAAUAAGGAUGGCGCCAAGAAAGAAGCGCCGUCAAACUCUAGUUCAGCAGAGCCCGAAUCUGCAGACGAGGAGGCUGCAGGUAAAGUUGAAUCAGCAGAGCAGAGUGGGAAACCGGAAUCGGGAACUGAAGACUCGGAGGUGGAAGAGAAGGAAGACGACAUCAAGUUGAUGUUCAAGGUGAAAGCAUCGGCAGUCUCAGCGGUGGAGGAGAGGCUGCGCAUGGAGAUAGACGCGAUACUAGACGAGAACUUGGAUUUCUGGUUGAGAUUCAGCACGGCGUUCCACCAAGUGCAGAAAUUCAAGAGCGAAGCACAGGACCUGCUGGAGGAGAUAGCGAAGCUGAGGGAGAAGAAGAAGCAGGAAGGGUGCAUGACAGCGCAGCUGAAAUCAGAGGUGAGGCCGAUAUACAAGCACCUGAGGGAGAUCCAGACGGAGCUGACGAUGUGGCUGGAGCAGCGCGUGUGCCUGAAAGACGAGCUAAAGGGGAGGUUCACGUCGCUGUGCAGCAUACAGGAGGAGAUCACGACGGCACUCAAGGAAGGGGUGGAGGAGGAGGAGAUCAGAUUCAGCAGCCAUCAAGCAGCAAAGCUGCAAGGUGAGAUUCUCAGCAUGAAGCAGGAAAACAACAAGGUCAGAGAAGAGCUGCAGACGUGCCUGGAUCAUGUCAGCGUGCUGCAGCUGGAUAUAGAGAAGACCCUAAGACAGUUGAAUCAAGAGUUCAGCAUCUGUACGGAUCAGCCGCAGCUGCAGCACGCCAUAAGCAGGUCCAAGAUUCCUCUGCGCUCCUUCAUCUUUGGAACCAAAGUCAAGAAGCAGAAGUCACUCUUCAACUUCAUGCAUGCUAAUAGAAAAAUGCAUGGUGUCAGAGCUUUACCACCCCUCUGAUCACUACCACUCCAUCUUCUUUCUCUUCACCUUUUAUUUUUAUUUUCAUUAGUUGCUAUUUAGAUAUAGAUCAUUUUUUCUUUUCUUUUCUCUUGGUUUCUUAAUUACAGUUGUAGACUAUCACAUUUUCAUAACUUAUUAGUUACUACUCUUUUUCCAUAUUGUGCUGAUUUCAGCUG